CAUUGUGCCCUGGUCAGAGCUGGAGACCGGUCGUUAAUUGCUUCAGUGCCCAAAAAAAAAAAGAGCGCCAACUUUUGUGAGCUUUAAGCUUGCGCUGAUCUAGUCUUGUUUUUGUUUCGAUUGAGAGCCAUGAGCUGUCGUUGCACUCGAAAGCUGACUCUGGCCAUGAGCGGCUGUCUGAUUAUUUUGGUGAUCGCCCUCACCGUCGGCCUUUGUGUGGGCCUGGGCGGAGGCGAGAGCGGGGCAGUGCGCGAGGAUCCGCCCAUAUUUACAAUCGAUCAUGCGGGCAACACUUUCGUGCUGAAUGGUGAACCCUUCCGAUAUGUUGCUGGAUCGUUUCAUUACUUCCGUGCAGUGCCCGAGGCCUGGAGGAGUCGUUUGCGCACGAUGAGAGCAUCGGGCCUGAAUGCAGUGGAUACCUAUGUGGAAUGGUCGCUACACAAUCCCCACGAUGGCGUCUACAACUGGGAAGGCAUUGCCGAUGUGGUGAAAUUUCUAGAGAUUGCCCAAGAGGAAGACUUUUAUAUAAUACUGCGCCCGGGUCCCUAUAUCUGUGCAGAGCGCGAUAAUGGUGGCCUGCCCCAUUGGCUCUUCAGGAAAUAUCCCAGCAUUAAGAUGCGAACCAGUGACAGUAAUUACCUGGAAGAAGUGGGUAAAUGGUAUGCAGUGCUGAUGCCACGCCUGCAGCACCUGCUGAUCGGCAAUGGGGGCAAGAUCAUCAUGGUGCAGGUGGAGAACGAGUACGGGGACUAUGAGUGCGACAAAGUCUACCUAAAUUGGCUGCGCGACGAGACGGAGAAGUAUGUGGCUGGCAAGGCGCUGCUCUUCACGACGGACAUACCCAACGAACGCAUGAGCUGCGGCAAGAUCGAUAAUGUGUUUGCCACCACGGACUUUGGCAUUGAUCGAAUUCACGAGAUCGACGAUAUUUGGGCAAUGCUACGCAAACAGCAGCCCACGGGACCGCUGGUCAAUUCGGAGUUCUAUCCAGGCUGGUUGACCCAUUGGCAGGAGCUGAAUCAACGACGCGAUGGUCAGGCGGUGGCCGAUGCCUUAAAGACCAUUCUGAGCUACAAUGCCAGCGUCAAUCUGUACAUGUUCUUUGGCGGCACCAACUUUGGAUUCACGGCCGGAGCCAACUACAAUCUGGAUGGUGGCAUUGGCUAUGCGGCGGACAUCACCAGCUAUGACUACGAUGCAGUGAUGGACGAGGCUGGCGGCGUGACCAACAAAUAUAACCUGGUUAAGCAGGUGAUUGGCGAGGUUCUACCCCUGCCCGAGAUUUCGCUCAAUCCCGCCAAGCGUUUGGCCUACGGCAAAGUGGAGGUGACGCCCUCACUCGCCCUACUGUCGGCCGAGGGACGUGCAGCCCUGGCCAAGGGCAAUCCCGUGGAUGCGACGAAGCCAAAAUCCUUUGAGGAACUCGAUCUGUACUCGGGGCUGGUGCUGUACGAAACGGAACUGCCCAGCAUGGACCUCGAUCCGGCUCUCCUGAAGGUGGAUCAGAUCAACGAUCGUGCCCAUGUCUUUGUGGAUCAGCAGCUGGUGGGCACACUGUCCAGGGAGGCGCAAAUAUAUUCGCUGCCAUUGAGCAAAGGAUGGGGCAGCACGCUGCAGCUGUUGGUGGAGAAUCAGGGACGCGUCAACUUUUACAUCGCCAACGACACAAAGGGCAUCAUCGGUGAGGUGAGUCUACAGCUGCAUAACGGCGGCUACCUGCCGCUGGAGAACUGGAAGAGCACUGCAUUCCCCCUCGAAGCAGUGGACGUGGAAAACUGGCGGAAACAGAGCGGAGAGCGGGCACUGGAUGCCUUCCUGGCCAGGCAGCGCAUCCUGCGCAACGGACCCAUCCUCUAUACGGGCAGCCUCAACGUGGAGGAGAUCGGCGACACCUACCUAAACAUGGCUGGCUGGGGCAAGGGCGUGGCUUAUGUGAAUGGCUUUAAUCUGGGCCGAUAUUGGCCCGUGGCUGGUCCCCAGGUCACACUCUAUGUCCCCAAUGAGAUUUUGAAGGUGGGGGAUAACUCGUUGGUGAUUCUGGAGUAUCAACGGACGAACAAGACAGCAAAUGGUGAGGAUCUACCCGCUGUGCAGUUUGAUGCAGUUGCUCAACUGGACGGACAGUCUGGAGAUGUGCCACUCAAGUGACAUUUCUUCAAGGAAGAUAACCAAUUA